UUGGCGCGUCUCCACUGAGCUCGCCGGCGACACCUUGCACUUGGCCGAGAGCGUUCCGAACUUUGAUCUGACUCCGAUGCCGGACAUCGGCCUGUACUCCACGGACGUGCGCGAGGGCUUCGUGCAGUUGGUGCUGAUUCAGUUCCGACUUACAACGCACGUCCUCGGCCUGGCCAAUAUCCAGGUCCGGGGUCCCUUGGAGUUUGCACUGAGCUGCAGUGAGAAGGGAAUCCCGGCACCCCGCGGGCUCUUGCCGGCAGACUCGGAGUGCUUCCUGAUCGGCCCGACCUUGCAGAUGACUCUCCCGGAUCCUCUGCCUUACGCGCCCUAUCAACUCCAGCUCCAAGCAGGUGAGGUUUACAUUUUCGGCCUCUUCUGCACGAAUCCGGAGCAGUACAGAGAUUCCGGAACCUUCCAGGUGAGGAUCCGUGGAACAGUCGCGACGGCUUCAGAGCGAUUGCUGGACAUCCAGCCGUACCUCCUUGCACCAAAGUUGGCGGCUCCUUUAGAUUUUCUGGAGGUCGUCACCGACCAGGUGUCCCCGGCCGGGUCUUUGACCACUGUGACCGUGCGUUUUCGCCCACCGCUGGGGGCAAGCGGUAUUGUUCGGGCCGUGCGCUUUGAAGCGCCACCGGGCUUUGUGCUGGCCACGGGCAUCGGAGGUCCCUGCAUGGGAUUCAGCUCUUCUGUCCUCCAGACCGGAGAUACCGUGCUGCCCCCGAGUGCCUGCUCAGGCGCCUCACCUCAAUCUGUGCUGCUGACAAUGCCCGAGGCAUUGCCACUCCUUGGGGCUGAUCGGGUGGGCCUCACCUAUGUCUUCCAGCUGGGCAUGAUCAGCCCUCUUCAGGAGGUGUUGGUCGACCUUCUGCUGCUUGCUUUGAGCCGAGGGCCGGGGGACGCCCCUCUGUACGCCGCCAGCGUCCCGGGCUUCGCCUCGACCAUUCCCGGUCUUCGGCCUCUGGAACCCGGCGCUCUGCCGGAGGAGCAGCUGGUACCACAGCCGGUGGACAACCUUCUCGAGCCCUUCUCCACCGUGCAGGUCGCAUCGCGGGGACUGCCUUGGAGCGCAAGAUGCUUCUGGCUGCUCGUCCUCGCGCCUUUUACAUGA